AAUGCGGGUCUGACAAGAACAUCGCAGGCGUGUGACCGUUGUAGGAUCAAAAAGAUUAAAUGUGACGGAAAGAUCCCAAGUUGUACUAAUUGUCUCAACAUCGGCUAUAACUGUCAGACAAGUGACAAAUUGACGAGACGUGCAUUCCCAAGAGGCUACACGGAAAAUCUCGAGAAGAACCUU